AUGUCGGAAAAGUUCGAAAUGUGGCUGCAAAAUCUGUGUGAUACGUUCAACUCUUUGACUGAUAUUCAAAGAAAUACGACAGUGGAAUGCAUCAUAAAUCUAUGUGGACCAGAGCAGCUUCGUUUUCUAUCCACAAAACUAGAACUUCUAGUUAAAAGAGACUACCUCAAGUGCUUACCUUUGGAGCUGAGUUUUCACGUGUUGAAAUGGUUGGACCCUGUUUCCUUGUGCCGUUGUUGUCUUGUGAGUAAGAUAUGGAACAAGGUUAUUUUGAGCUGCGAUGGUGUAUGGCAAAACGCUUGUAAGCAACUUGGGUUGAAUGUCGAAGAGGAACUUGCCGAAAAUUCAAGUGCAUCUUGGAAGCAUAUUUACUCUUUACAUACACAAAAUAUAAGAAAGCUCAAAAGUGAAAGAGCUGUAGAGAGGAAACAACUUUAUGGUCACACAGCUCGGGUGUUUGCUUUGUAUUAUCAUGGAAAUUAUUUGGCAACUGGUGAGAUUAUACGGGUUGUGAAUAGGUGACCCAAUGCUUGGUUGUACAAAAAAUUAUUUUUUGAACAGAAUGUUCUAAUUUGGAUCCUCCCCACCCCUCCCUCAGACAGAUAGUAGGGAGCUUCAGCAAAAAUGUUUUAAGGGGUUCAUGUCAACCACAAGUGGACUUUGUGCAUUCUUGGGCAGUGAUAUUGCCCAAAUUUUCGGAGUGAAGACACUUCAUAAUACAAAUUUGUUAGUGUCAAGACAUUAUAGAAGUGAGAAGCCAGUCGACAUAUGUCACUUAUAAAUGCCUUUGUUUAAGCUCCCUAUUUUUCUUUAUAGGUGCCAUUAUUAUUAUAAUUUAUUAUUAUUAUUAUUAUUAUUAUUAUUAUUAUUAUUAUUAUUAUUUUUGGUUUAGUAAAGUAAACAUGUGAGGGUGAAUCUUCAUUCCAAGAGCGCUGCAAAAAAUUUCAGUUUUGGUUGGUCUUGGUUGUGGAGGUGCAGAUAAAAAACUUAGCAACCCUUGGAUGUUAUUUUGUCAAGGUUGAGGAUACUUUAAAAUUAUUUAGCAGUAGUUUUAGUGCAAAGAAAUCAGGGAAGGAUGACUUUGUUUUUCUUUGUUUGUUUGCUCUGAGGAUAAGCUCCUCUUCAACUAACUUUAAGCCUGUCCAAUUUUUGCCAUCGUUGUGGCUAUCCUGAUGUCAUUCUUUUGGUAGGAUCUGAUGACCGGUCAGUGAGACUCUGGGACUUGACAACAGGACACUGUGUAUAUGUUCUGAAAACCCAUACAUGUGCAGAUAUUUGUUUUGACGAUGACAAAGUCAUUACUGCGUCAUUUGAUAACACUGUUAGUAUGUGGGACUGGAAAACNGAGUGAAGACACUUCAUAAUACAAAUUUGUUAGUGUCAAGACAUUAUAGAAGUGAGAAGCCAGUCGACAUAUGUCACUUAUAAAUGCCUUUGUUUAAGCUCCCUAUUUUUCUUUAUAGGUGCCAUUAUUAUUAUAAUUUAUUAUUAUUAUUAUUAUUAUUAUUAUUAUUAUUAUUAUUAUUAUUGUUAUUAUUAUUUUUGGUUUAGUAAAGUAAACAUGUGAGGGUGAAUCUUCAUUCCAAGAGCGCUGCAAAAAAUUUCAGUUUUGGUUGGUCUUGGUUGUGGAGGUGCAGAUAAAAAACUUAGCAACCCUUGGAUGUUAUUUUGUCAAGGUUGAGGAUACUUUAAAAUUAUUUAGCAGUAGUUUUAGUGCAAAGAAAUCAGGGAAGGAUGACUUUGUUUUUCUUUGUUUGUUUGCUCUGAGGAUAAGCUCCUCUUCAACUAACUUUAAGCCUGUCCAAUUUUUGCCAUUGUUGUGGCUAUCCUGAUGUCAUUCUUUUGGUAGGAUCUGAUGACCGGUCAGUGAGACUCUGGGACUUGACAACAGGACACUGUGUAUAUGUUCUGAAAACCCAUACAUGUGCAGAUAUUUGUUUUGACGAUGACAAAGUCAUUACUGCGUCAUUUGAUAACACUGUUAGUAUGUGGGACUGGAAAACUGGAGAUGUCUUACAGUGCUUCAGAGGUCACACUGCAGCAGGUAAUCUAGAGUUUAAAGUGCAUACCUAAUAAUGAUCUAAUAGAUGCCUGGGUAUUUCACAUUUAAAUUAGGGGAUGUCCAACACAAAGGAGGCACUUAAAAGAGAGAGAGAGCUGUUUAUUCUCUUAACUGUAACAAGCUUAACAAAACUAAAUGCUUUCGACCAAAAAUAUCAAGAGAGGUUAUAAAAUAGCAGAAUAUCCAGUCCAUCCAUUGAUAUGUCCAGGCCAUCUUAUUCUAGAGAUCCAUAUUGCUCUUUCAAAUCUCAACUUUGGCAUCAGAAUUCUUGUGCAGGGUCAUUGUGUUGUCAGCAUUGGCCUAUCCUCACUUUGAUCUUGACAUUCAACUAGAUGCAAGAUGCAUAAACCCUUGUUAAUCAAGCAAGAAACUGCAUAAAUUAAAUGAUUUUGCCCCUUUUUGCAAUUUGCUGGUAUAUAUUGCGAAGUAUAUGUCAUGGGGGACAUUUAUUAGACAGAGGGCAAUUAUUAUUAGAGAGGGGCAUCUAAUGCAAAUUUAACAUUGUGAGUGGGGUGUUUAUCAGACUACAUGUAAAUGUAGAGGUGUUUAUUUGAGAUGGGGCAUCAAUUAAAUCAUUUAUUGUAAUUUUUUUUGUUAUCUGAUAAUGGAUUCUGGUAGGAUUCUCAACUCAAGCAUGGGAACUACAGUGUAUUGAAAUUAUUUUAAAAUAAUUAUAGGACUUGCCCACCAAGACCUUGCAGUUUAAAAUCUAAGACAGAGAAAUACAGUUUUAUUCAGGCCUUCUGAUAAUUUGAGAAAAAGUAUUGAGAAAUUACAGAAUUUCCAUGAGGAUAUGUCUUAUUUUACAGCAGAAAAUGUGUAUCAUAUAGCACAUUUUGUGAUUUUUUAUGAGAGGAUUGGAGAACAUAUGGCACAUUUUGCAAUUUUUCGUGAGAAGAUUUCACAAAGAACUCUUGUAUUCAAUGGAUUUGCAACAAAAAUUAAAUAUUUCAGAGGCUUGCUUUGAGUUUACAAUGUUUCCAGUUUUGCUAAUUUAAACUAAAGCAAAUUUAAGUUCAUGAUUUUGUAAUUCUUUCUUCAACAACAACAAUUUCCCAAACAGGUGGCCUCAUUUUAGACUAAAACUCUGUGAUUUUUAUCCUUUCCUACGAGUAAAUCAACUGCUUGAGAAAUCUGCUCUGCAAAUUAUUGAGGUGCAAUCUAUAAUAAAUUGUUGAAAUGUGUGAUCACCAGAAGUACUAUUGUUUUUCCUUUUCCAUCUGCUCUAGUUUUUACAGUUGAUUACUGUGAUGACCAGGACACAGUUGUGAGUGGCUCGGCAGAUUCCACUGUUCGAAUAUGGAAGAUGUCAACAGGGCAGUGCUUACAAACCAGAUAUGGACAUACAGACUGGGUAAUAAAGGUGAGAUUUGUAGCUUUUAAAUAGAAUGCCAGAUGCUCUUAUGUGCCAGAUGCUCUAUCAAAAUUAAUGCAGUCUGGGGGGUGUAACUAGAAAUUUUCUUGGGCUACGCACGUUUUUCAAAUCUACCCUUCAAACUCUUCUGCCAAAUCGUACUCGCGCGGGUGACUUGAUUGAAUUUCCGUUGUUUGGCAGUGAGGUAAUUAUCUCAUCUUCUCACAGUAAUCUCUGUUGGUUUUAGAAUCGUGUUCUUAAGGAUCAUUUCUUUCCUUUGUUUUACGUCAGCUGUGAGUAAUACAUUAGAUUACACUGGAGAUGAGCCGUUCCCCGUUUUUAUUAGAGAGCCUAAGCAACAACCACGGUGACGGCUACGAAAACGUCACUUAAAAAGAGAAUUCGCGCUGCCUCAAACUUUAUCGCGCUUAUUCCAUCUCAUUUUUUUAAUAAUUCGUCAAAUGUUGGCAAUUUUUUUUGGGAGUUGAAUUCUUAAGGACUGUAUAAAAGUUCAGGAAAAGAAGAAGAAAGUCGUUGUCUUGUGUUCCCGUCCUUGACAAAACCUGAAACUAGGCACUUUCACGUGGUAGCCGUGUAACGACGGCAAAAAAAAUGUACCAAAAAAAAGUGAUGCACGUGCAAAGUUGUUGGUUGGUAAUAUAAACCUAUCGCUUUUUUGCCGUUCUCGUUCCCGUCGCCGUCAUCGUUGCUUAAGCUCCCUAAUUACGAUUUUUAACAUCGGCUACGCCCCUGCAACUAACACAUGGCGAAUCCUAUUCCAUUUUUUAAAGGUUAUUCUCAGAAAAUCACAAGUGGAAUCUCAAAUUAUAAAGAAAAACAAGUUGGUACUGCUAAGUAUGGACAAAUGUGCAAUUAAGGUAUGUUGUUAAAAGGGAAGUAGAGAUUUAGAUCAUUGGAUCCUUAAAACCCUCUCCUGCAUUAAUUUAAUAACCAAAAUUCAGUGAUUUUUUUUAAACUUGUCGGUUGUUAAACGAACAAAAUUGUGCCAACGGAGAGCUCAUAUUGAAAUUACGGAGAGAGAAAACAGCAUUCAUUGAUCCUUUAAUUAAGGGCCUGUUUACAUGGAGGUGGGGGACCCCAGGUGGGUGGGGUAACCCGCCUGUCCAUAUAAUCUCUCAUUUUAAUUUGAUCACGUUUACAUGAUAGGUGGGUUGAUCCGCCGCGGUUUACCUCACCUAGCUGGGGUCCCCUACGUCCAUGUAAACAGGCCCUAAGUCUGCGAUCAUUUGAAUUUUUUGUUAUGGUCUCUCAGUUUUUGUCCGUACUUUUUAGUGCUUUUUCAGGGAAAAGCCCGGUCUUUUUCGUUUUGUUUGUUUUGUUUUUGUUUGUUUUUCUGUUUAGUCUUUUCGUGCAGUUUUUUUUUUCAUGUAGACUUUACUGAGAAGUCUGAAAGUGCAAAGUGACCAACAAAGUUUAAGUUCUAGUUACAUUCUGUUAGAUCGUUGCUCCAAGGAUGGGGGGUGGGGUAGCGGGAAUGCUCGUUGGACAGUUAGAAUUAAAAACCCCAAGAAGACAAAUCCAGGUGUGGCUCAGGCUUUACUUUACCCCUGAAAGAGACCUUACUAAAACAGGCUGCCAAUUACAACAGUAAAUUAAAGGGGGCUUUGUCAAGAAAUUUGUUAAAACUCAAACGGUAAGAACAGCCAUCAAAGCAACUUUCCAAAAUUCAGUUCAUAUAAUAUAUUUUUUAUACAGCCACGGCUUGUGUGUGUUAGGUCGUGUGCUAAUGAGGAAAAGUGUAGACAGUGUCGACAGCAAAAAUUCGCCUAUAAGUUAAAACUUUAACUUUCUGCCCUAAAACCUUAAGUUAGACAAAAAAUCUGCAGUUGACAUUCCCCGAGCGAGACGAUGAGUAUUCCACCUCCUCUGUAAUUUGAGUGUCUUCCUCUGCUUCCACUAAGGCCUGUAGCUCUACAUUCCCGCAAAUUUGAGAUCCCCACACGGUGUAAAACCACAACCCAGAAAUAUGUUAUCAUACUUGUGAAGUAGUCCUCGCGUGAUAAUUACAUGUAGACAUUCAACGAGUCCUUUACGUACUGUAUUUUUUUCGUGGUAGGUCUGGUCACUAGCUCAAGACAGUGAAAAGUGCCUGGGAACUCUGAGCCCAUUGGAGUCAAAUAUUCAUCUACAUCCUCGUCUCCAGUUUGAUGGGAAAACUAUUGCUUGUUCUUCAGAGGCGGGAGUUCUGUUGUGGGACUUAAAAACUUUACAGAUAACAAGGUAGGAAAGUCGAUAGUUCAAAAAACGUAUUUUUUGUACUGUUCAUAAAAAUCCUCGAGACAACCAUUCCUUUCAGGGUCCGAAGCAAACUUUUAGCAGCUAUUCGCCCAUUUGCCUUUUUAGAAACGAAAAGGGAACUGGACCGAGUCAACUAUUUCGCAAAGACUUCUGGGACUGUUACUUGAGACAGAGAAAAAAUUGGCCAAUAUCUGACUGGCUGCCCUGCGAGCAGAGGCUACAUUUUCGCUGUGUGAGUUGACGUGCGAAAAGUAGCCUCUGCCGAAAACCGUUCAAUUUUCUAUCGUGCAUGCGCGAAAUUCGUCACGCGAUUCGCAAGCAAAAUCAGUAAUCGUCAGGUCUGGUUUAGCGUGUCGUGUUAAAGGGGCAAUUGUUCAGAUUGUUCACCCGUGAUUUCAGGCGUGCACCAAGGAACAAUACUCAGCCUAAUCUUAUUUAUCAUUGAUAUAAAUGAUAUUUCGACAAACAUAACUUCAACAGUCAAAAUCUACGCUUAUGACACCAAAAUCUAUCGCACGAUCAAUGAGGCUGAUAAGGAUAUACCAGCCUUACAGCUUGACCUGAAUAGAUUAAGCGAUUGGGCUAACAAGUGGCAGUUGCGCUUUAAUCCCGAAAAAUGUGAAGUCAUGCGUGCAACGCACAGUAGGGAGGGAUCAAAGCCAAGUUAGUCGCUAGGUGUUCAACAAAAAUCUGUUGAAAGUGUCAAGGACCGGGGGGUCACAAUAAAGGGGAACACUGGGAAUGAGUGCAAAGAUAGCCCACGUUUUCUAUAAAUUUGCUCUAUGCAACUUGGCGCAGAAGGGCGUUAUGGGAACCUCAGGGAUCUGACUACUCUGGAGUGUGAGUCUAAAUAAGAGUACGAGAUCGUAAAUUAAGGUCAUGUGGUUUUGGCUAUGAUCACCUAACCCAGGAACCUUGUCCCCAACUUGUGCUGGUCAGCAGCAGGAAGGAAUGAGAGUUCUGAAAAAAAGAACAACAGGCUCCACUUAGAAUUCCAAAGUCGUUCUCGUACUAGUAUCUUUUAAGCACGCUAUUAUCUACCGACUCUUGGGUCCUCCUGUGGUCGCUUGAGUAGUAAGCCUCUAAGGUCGGUAUUCAAGUACAUCGAUCGAUACCUCUGUUAUUAAAGAUUGUAUGGUCACUGCUAGAGACUGUUAUGUCCCUAUUGGUUCGUUUCUAGUGGUCGUGAGAUGGGGUCGAUUCCCAACACUAUUUGGGAGCUUAAGCAACUACGACGACGAGCACAACGACGACUUCAAAAAACAAUAGGUUUAAUGAUCAAAACAACAGCUCUGCACGUGCAUCACGCUUUUUAGUACAUUUCUUUGACAUCCACUGCACGACUACGACGUGAAACCUCCUAAUUUGCCGUUUUAUGGAGGACGUGGGCAUGCGACGACGAAUUUUCCUUCCUCUUUUUGAACCUGAAUAAAAUCCUUAAGCAGUCAACUUCAAGAAAAGUCGCCAGUAUUUCACAUAUUGAGCGGGUCCAAAUAUACGCGAUUAAGUUUGAAAGAACGCAAGUUCAUUUUUUUUACCGACGUUUUCACGGCCGUCGUCGUCGUCCUCGCUUCAGGUCACUAUUGUGGUACGAAAAUGUUUAUGAGGAUAUUUUAUCAUUGCAUUACUCAUAAACUGGCUAAUAAAAUUGUUUGAUCGAUGAUAACUCUUUGGAAAAUGGUGCGGUUUUUUUUUGUAAAAUACUCUUACAUUUAUUCGCAGGGUCCUCACCGCAUCGCCUUCCAAGUGGCUGGUAGCUUACGGACACGUGUAUACUCUUCUAAUGGACAUGAACUCUCUGUAUGUGGUAAGGACAACAAACGAGCAAAUCGUGGCGGAAUAUUCUCUUCCUCCGUUUAGAAGGUCAGUGCGUGGCUCUAACUUUAUCCCCGGUGAAAUCACGUGGCUUGAUGGUCUCCCUACCAUACCCCUAGAGAACCUUAUAUUCGCCACGAGCAUGCCGGACUACAGUGUUUUACUGCUCAUACUCAAAGGCGGAACGUGA